AUGAGUUACCCAGGGGAUAACACAGGAAGUAGACCUUACUACAACAGCAGAGGCUCCUCGUACCGUGGAAGGGCUUACCGAGGAAGCCGCGGGGGAGGACAUGGCCCUGCAAGAUACCAAUAUAACGGACACAGCUACGCCGACAAUAAUUCAGAGCGCUAUGGAACAGGUUCCAAUCCGUAUCGUGGCAACUACCGUAACGAUAUCUACGAUUCGCCUCGCACGAGCCAUGGCAGCCCGGGAAAUGGAACAGGCUAUGUAGAGUCAUUCCAGCGGUUUGAAAAAAGGCCCUCCUCGUCGUCUUCCAGCCACGAAUCGUGGUCGUCACCAAAGCAACCGCAGCAGGAAACUCGCCCACAGGAGCCUCAAGUAUCGGAGAACACGACCAAGGUUUCCCAGCCGAUAAAAUCACAUCUCACUGACUCUCCAAUGUACCAUCUUACGGGGCUAGAUGAAUACACAAUUGAUGAACCAGAGAGGUCUAGAAUACGGUCAGUGCUGCGAGAAGAUGGUGAGAUCGAUCUAAAGUUGGAAGAACAAAAGCUACAGCUGUGCAAGAGCGAGUUGGAGCUGGGACUUUUGAGUACCCAGUCCGAAAAAGAUGCUCUAAAUGUGCAAUUGACGCAAGAAACGCUAGAUGCCAUUCUACUGAUGCAAUAG